AUAUAUUAAAUGCAGCCAACAUAAGAUAAAGACAUUCUAGACUUUAUGGCUUUGACUGGAUGUUAAGAUGAAUAAAAAGCCUUAUAAUAUCUGUAAAUGGGAGACAAUAAAUUAGAAGUAGAAAUUUACGAUUAAUUUUUAGAAUGCUAUUCAGCUUUAUCUUGACUUAGAAGGUUAACCAGUUUUGAGCUAACAAUCAAGUGUUUAAUCUACAAGGUCACCGUAGUAAUAAAAUCAACAAUAAUUUCUAAAUUAGUAAGAUGUUAAGGAAGGUAUAAUAUAUUCUUAGAAAUAGUAAACACUAUGAUUUUUAAUGAAAACAAUCCUCCACCUGAAUUAAUACGUUAGAGAUCAGCUCCAGAUUCAUCUCUGGCUGAAAAAUAUAAAAAAUAUCAAGAGGAUAAAAGAGCUAAUGAUGAUGGUAUAAUUAAAAAGACAUUUAAGUACGGUUGGAGUGCUUUAACCUACAUAUGUAUUUAUAAUUUUAAUAACGAUUUAGUCAAACGAGAACCAAAUCAUGGAUUAACAUUCUAAACAUACAUUUAACAACAAUAGAUUUAAACAGAGAUUAAUUUUUAAAUGGGCAACUUUAAUGAUAACCUAAAGAGAGCCCACGAAGAGACUAAACCUUUAUUGAUAUAUUUGCACAAUCAAUAAGCAUUAUUUACAUUCGAGAAAAUGAUAAGCUGUAAAAAUUUUGUUACAAUCAUUCGAAAAAACUAUCACAUUGUGGGAUUUUUGGAAAGCCCUCAGGUCUAUGAAUUAUUACCAGUCAAACCUCCACCUCCCACUAUUCUAAUUUAUAGGUUAGAUUUAACUGAAUAAGCUAUCUUGAUGGACACUGUACAACUGUCUCCUGAAACUAACUUUGAAGAAUUAGCAGUCAAAUUGAAAACUCUAAAGGGACAAUUUAAUAAAUAAUAUAUCGUUGAAGAUCAAGUAAAGAGAGAAUUUAAUGCACCAUAAUAUCUUCCAAAUUAUUAUGGUCAAUAAUAGUAAUAACAACAAUAAUAAUAAAAUUUUGAAAGGAGAUAGUAAGAAAUAUAGUAAAGAGAAAGAGAAUAAUUGAUAAGAUAAUAAUAAGAAGCCUACAGAAUUGCAGAGUAAUAGGCAGCAGAGAAAAAAAGAAAAGAAGAAGAAUUAAAAUAAUUAGAGGAACAUAGAUUAUUAGAAUAACAAUAAUUAAUUGUAAGGAAAAACAUUAAUUUUAGGAAUAAAGACUGUUAUAAAAAGCUACUAUGUUAUCAAACUUACCAGAUGAACCAGAAGGUGAGGAAGGCAUUGAAAUUUUAUUUAGAUUUGUGCAUGCAACCAAAACUAGAAGAUUCAAUUUUAAUGAUAAAAUAUAGGUAUCACUUUCAAUCUAACUAUUAGUCCAUAUUUGAAUUUGCAUUAAGUUAGGAGGAUGAUUGUUUCAAUGAUCCUAAUUCAAACAUAGACCUUAUUUAGAAUUUUCCAAGGUUAUCUUUGAAAGAUAAAAAGGAUGAUAUUAUAAGUGAUGUGUUUACAGAUGCAAAUAAGGUAUAAUUAAUUGUAGAAGAAUGUGAAUGA